AGUUCAGUCCAAGACCCCAAGAGAUUACCUCAGUUUAAAAGUCAAUCGCCUGAUGGCCACUUCUAACGCGACAGAGCAAAGUUAUAUUUCUCCAAUUUGUAUGAUUCUGCCAUUUUACGCAAUAACAAACCCACAGAAUGAAGUGUUURUCAUUUUCAUCGUUGUCUUUAACUCCUUAAUAGCUUUACUAUCAUCUUUAAGCAACUUGCUCGUCAUUAUCACAAUACUGCGAACUCCUUGCCUACGUACACCAUCGUAUAUCCUGAUAAUAGGCUUGGCUGUCGCUGAUUUUGGUUUGGCUGCUAUUGGACAACCUUGUUACUGCUUGUUUAAGGUUUAUAGCGAACUAAGACGAAGAAGUCUCGAAACAUUUUGUCCGUAUGGCUUACUGYAUUACUUCACAAUAACUACGUUCUCUUCUGCUUCGUUUAUACUGCUUACUUGUAUUGCAGCCGAUCGUUUUCUUGCGAUUCGACUUCACCUGCGAUAUCAAGAACUGGUCACAAAUGUACACUACUACAUAUUACUUGGAGUAGUCUUCGCAGUUAGCCUUACCUCGAGUGUUAUCGGUUUGCUUGUAACAGACUUAACUGCCCACGUUGUCUCUUACUCUUUGUUUCUGUUCUUAAUCCUCAUAACUUUGUAUUUAUUUUUGUGUAUAUCUCGUGUUGUACGUCGUCAUUCCGCUCAAAUCCGAGCACAACAAGAGUCCGCUAGAAUCAAUUUCAACUUACCWAGAUACAAAAACUCCGUGGCCACCAUGCGCUAUGUUGURGGAGCGUAUAUCCUGUGCUACRCACCAAGCAUUUUCUCAMUGGCWGUGUUUUUAAAAYUGACAAAGAUGGAAAGUAAGGGKUUUUGGUACUUCUUUGUAUUUUCUGAGACUGUUUUGAUGGCYAAUGGUUUAUUGAAUCCGAUAAUCUAUUGCUUGAGGAUAAAGGAAAUUAGAGAAGCGGUUUAUCGACUUGUGCGACGAUUGCGCUGCAUUUGGUGGUGAAUGAUAUCAAAAAUUACUUUUUUGACGCUUAUCUAUAAGAAAUCAUUUUGUGAGGGAGCUAUAUUACUUGAUACUGAAAUAAAGUUAAAGAUUUAUUUUUAGCAAAUUGGAAUUUCACUUCAGGCUGCGAGAAUAAAGACCUGGCAUCAAACUUAUACUUUAAAUUAAGUGUAUUGACUAU